AUGCACACGUUGUUCAGUGACCAGCGCCAUUAUGGGCACGGGCAGGCCGGUUACCCGUCGAACGGCCCAACGAUGGCCUCGGCGGCGGCGGCUCACCACUACACCUACGACCAGUACUCGCGGUACGCGUACGCCGGUUCGGCGUAUGCCCUGGCCGCUCCGCACCAGAGCAAGGAGAUGGUGAAGCCACCGUACUCCUACAUCGCCCUCAUCGCAAUGGCCAUCCAGAACUCGUCGGACAAGAAGAUUACGCUGAACGGCAUCUACCAGUACAUCAUGGACCGGUUCCCGUACUACCGGGACAACAAGCAGGGCUGGCAGAACUCGAUCCGCCACAACCUCAGCCUGAACGAGUGCUUCGUGAAGGUGGCGCGCGACGACAAGAAGCCGGGCAAGGGCAGCUACUGGACGCUCGACCCGGACUCGUACAACAUGUUCGACAACGGGUCCUUCCUGCGGCGGCGCCGUCGGUUCAAGAAAAAGGACGCCCUGAAGGAGAAGGAAGAGCUGAUGAAGCGCCAAAGUUUGCUGCUGGAAGACAAGAUGGGCGACCUGAAGCCGCUCAAGAUUAUGGCGGGUGGCGGUGGCGUGGGUGUGGUGGGUGGCGGUGGAGGUCACCACGGGCACCAGGUGCACCAUCCAACGCUGGACGGGAAAAUGAUGCAUCAUCACCAUCACCAUCACCACCACCAGGCGCUAGGACAUCACCAUCAUCCGCAUCAGACGUUCAAGCGGGAACCGGGGCUAGAGUUGGCGGCCGCCGCCCAGUGUAUGGUGAAGGAUGGGUUGACGUCCACGCUGCUGAAUACCUGUCACGACACCUUUGCGACGCAGAUGAACCACCUCUCGUCGGCGGCCGCCGCCGCUGCCGUCGGCAGUGAUCACGGAUUCACCGUGGACUCGCUGAUGAACGUGUACAACCCGCGGCUCCAUCACGCGGCCAGCUAUCCGUAUCACUUUAACGACGACAAUCUGAUGGGCACGACGGUAGGUGGAGGGCCCGGAGGGCAGUUGGCGGUCGGGCGGCAUCAUCACAGUGCGACGCACCACCCGCCACCGCACGGCGGCUGGUAUACGCCGGAAACGCCACCCGAAUCGAUCGGAAACACAUCCGGCAGCUCGACCACCACCCCAACCACCCUGCCUUCGGUGACGGUCACCCCGACGGGUGGUCUGGGUGGCGGUGGACUAGGACUCGGCGGUGGCAACGGCGGAGGUCUCUCAGUGCACGGCAGCAUCAGUGGUGGGCUAGGAUCGGGCGGUAGUAACGGUGGUGGCGGUGGGUUCCGGGACAUGGUGUUCGAUCACCAUCACGGGCACGGGUCGGUGGUGGCCGCCGCAGCCGCCGUCGCCGUCAACUGUCAGAUGGUGGAACCGGCCGGAAGCCCCGGCGGCCACAGCCUCACGUCCGCCAGCCCGCCCAUGAAUUCGGCCGCCGCAGCGGCGGCGGCAGCAGCAGCGGCAGCAGCGGCCGCUGCAGGUACCGGAAGCGGCGGUCAUCACCUGGGCGGAAACCUCGGCAGCCACCACCUUGGCCACUAUCGGUCGCACGUCGGUUACUACCAGGAUUGCGGGCUGAAGUACGGUGUGUAA